AUGAGCGCAAUCGAAGCUCUGUACAUCUUUGACGAGCACAACACGCCGCUCCUCGAACACACAUACCUCAACCGCCCACCGCCAUCUUCUGUCCUCCUGCCUCUCUACCUCGCGCAUCCCGCCCCACGACCGCCACUGAUAUAUCUGCCCAACACCAACCCGCCGACGCUGCUGUACAGCAUAAUACAAGACCAACUCCUGUUCCUGUGCCCGGCAUCAGCUGACACAAAUCCCCUCGCCGUCCUCACUUUCCUCCACCGCCUCACCGACGUACUUGAAGACUUCCUGGGCUCGCCACUGCUAGCGAGCAAGAUCGAGGGGAACUACGAUGUCGUCGCGCAGCUGCUUAGCGAGAUGGUGGAUGGCGGCAUCAUCGCAAACACGGAACCUAACGCACUGAGAGACGUCGUCGAAGCGCCAAAUCUGCUCAAGAGUCUACUGGGAGGGGUCGGGCUACCAUCUUCAACACCAAGCUCGCUUGCGCCGUCUUCCACCGGAGCAUUUGGGCUAGGAGGUGGUAGGGCGAGUCCACGGCUGGGUCCCUCUCUAACCUCAAGUCAGACAGGCUCACCGGUACCGUGGAGGAGAGCGAACGUCCGGCAUACGAGUAAUGAGAUGUAUGUGGACAUUGUGGAAACACUCGAAGUCACUCUUUCACCAUCUGGUCGCCCUCUAGCCGCAAUGGCAAACGGCACGAUUGCUUUUACCGCAAAGGUCUCGGGUAUUCCAGAUCUCGUACUGCACUUGGGAUGUGCAGGUGGCAUACAGAACGCCGUCUCGCUUCCCGUUUUCCAUCCUUGCGUCAGACUCAAUCAAUGGAAAGCGAGGCCGGGUGAAUUGUCAUUCGUCCCGCCAGAUGGUCGCUUCGUGCUCGCUGGGUAUGAAGUCGAUUUACUAGGUUCUGCAGCACUGGACGCUUUCUCCACCGAAAAGAGCGCCAAGACCGCGAGUCCAAAACUCAAUAUACCCGCUACAGUAUCCGUUCAUCCCUCCCUCGGCCCCAGCGGCACAGACUUCGAGGUCAAACUCCAACUCAACCCACGCUUCAGCGGAAAUAAACCCUCUCAACCCAGUGCCGCGAAGGCUAGUUUGAGUCGCACAUCCUCCACAGGCACGACGUCCGCCCCUGCAAUCGAAGAAAUGACCAUUCACAUCCCUCUCCCGGCGUCUGUCAGAAACGUCGCCGACCUACGCGUCGCGCGCGGAACAGGAGAUGCAGGCUACGCUCCUGGUGACAGGGCGAUAGAAUGGCGUAUCAGCAGCCGUGAGAUAAGCAAUCUCAUGGCUCAAGACCGCGGGGGAGGAAUCGGUGCUACCGCUACACUGCGCGGUACCGUUAUUGGCCAGGACGAUCCGUCCGCCGAGGAUGCCUUGGACGCUGGUGGACCGGUUUCUUUCGCGGCGUCGACGUACGACUAUGAUGAUGAUCAGAACACACAGGUAUCGUUACCUAUGGCUUCAUCUUCCAACGUGCCAAAGCCGGAUAGCGACGCGAAGAUUAAGCAGGCGAACAAAGUCCUGAUGCCGAGCUGUGCGACCAUUAGCUUUUCCGUCAAAGGCUGGUUGCCGAGUGGGAUACGUGUGGAAAGCUUGAACGUAGAUCAGAAGAAGAGUAAAGGCUUGGGUAGCGGUGUCACCCCGUAUAAGGGGGUCAAGUAUCUAUGUGUCAGUCGGAAGGGUGUGGAAUGUAGAUGUUAG